UGGAACAAACUCAGUUGAACUAUUAGGUUCUUAUUGAUGCAAAAUGUCUUUACACUCACGUAAUCUGAAUAACUCUUGAUUCAAUUACGCGGUCAUUCACUUUGGUACUAUUAGGACUUACCUGCGAACGACACAACUCUAAGGAGAUAACAUAAUCUAAAUUUCGAGGACGAAAUUUCUGCAACAGGGGAGAAUGUGACAACCCGCAAAUUCAGGACAACAUCUUUACGCGCUCUAAUCUCGUACACAUCGUGAUCUUAGAUUAUAGACUUAGUUUUUCUUUAUAUAUUGGGUAUUUAUAUACAUAGAAUCUCUAUUCGUGUCACAGUUUCCAUUUGGUAAUUUUUAGAAAUUACCGGGUCACACACGAGUUAGCCCGACACGCACGAACGUUUGUGAUGCUUGUCCAAAUACUUGGGAAAUCACCCUAUAGUAUUAUUAUGUGUGUAAUACUAUAAAUAUAUAUAUUUAGAUAUAUAUUUGUUAUUAUUUGAAGUUUUCGACGUGUGGUUGAGAAGUAUAUUUGCGUACGCGGUUAGCACGACACUAAUACAAAUGUAAAAAUAAAUAUUUUUAUACACCGGACACAUUCAUAUUUUUAUGACGGUUCUAUUUUACAUUUGAUUAAAAACAAAUAAAUAGUGGGUACAAUUAAGUGGGUGUUUUAUAUAUCUAACAAAACUUAACAAAGCUAACACUUAAAUCUCUAUUAUAAUCUUACCAUGCUCACCCUACCCUUGACCCAUGUCGACAAUAACAAAAAAAAAAGAAGAAAAAAAAAGAGUUGCAAGACACUAUCAUCAUGUACCAUAAAAUAUUAAACAAGUUAAAUUUCUUUACCAAUCUUUUGACUAAAAUUCCUACUUUGCUUUCUCAUUUCCUGACAAUAUCGACAAGAAGCAACAAGGACUAAAAUGCAAUGAUCAUUAUCCAAGAUCACACUCCAUGACAUGUGCUUGCUCUUAGACUAGGCUAGCUAGACCAUACUUUUUAUUAUGACACUAGACUUUCAAAGGGGCAUGAACUUCAUUGAAUCCCUCCCAUCCCCAUUCAUUCGACCCCAACCACAACUGAACCCACAUAUCACACAUUUCAUUUUUAUUCAACUUUGAAACUCAAGUCUAAGGCGCUGAACGUCUGAGAUGAAGUGCUUGGAGCAUUGGAUUUUAAGGAUUCAAGUUCAAGAUCUUCUUUUUUCUAACUUCAUCCUCCUUGCUUGCUUAAAUUUUGUUGAUUCGGGUCUCGAUUCGGGUUCGGGUCAAACUCAGUCAACACCGAGCCAACACGGGUCAACCUGGUCAGUUUUGAGGUACGGGUCAGCGCAGUCAGUCUUGGGGUUCGGUUCAACACGGUCAACUUGGUUCAGGACCGGGUCAACACAGGUCAAUGCAGUCAGAUUUGAUGUUCGGGUUCGGGUCAACGGUGGUCAAACUUGGUCAACAGGUCGGUUUUGGUGCUCGGGUCAACAUGGUCAACCGUGGUCAAUGCAAUCAACUACGAUCAAACUUGGUCAACUCAAGUCAACUAGUCAACACGAGACCCGGAAUACUAUAGAUGCACGCUAGCUACCUCACAUUCUUGGAAUGACAUCACGGAAUCACAC